UAUAGAGAAAUUUAGGAAAAGUACCUAGCCUGUAUAAAUCUGGAUUUAUAUGUCUGGGUGUAGGCAAAACCAAUUUUCAAGCCCAUACGUGUAAGUGGCGUCCAAUGUUGCAGUGAGCUCUGACAUUCGGUGUGAUGUGAAUCAUUUGGGUAGACAGUGACUGUUUUAGCUGAUAUGUUUGAGGUUCCGUUCAGGGCCCAUUGAAUCAUUUUGAGAAAGAGUUGGCCCCAGUCAGGAACAUUUAUCUUUGAGUUUGUCCUGCAAACAUCUUUGUGCCCUUUGGAUCAAGGCUUCUUUUUGUCUUAUUAAUUGGAGAAAUAGAUGAGGCAAAAGAAAAGACCACACACUGGAAACAGGAUGGCUUCUGGAUUGUGAUCAGUGUAAAGACCACGUACUAUGAAAUUUCAUAGGUAGAGUCCAUUGCUUCACCUGCUUUCAACAAAUAUUGAUCUAACAGAUAUGUGCCAGGCACCAUGCAAGGCUCAAUGGAUAGGCUCAACAACAUCUCACCCUCAACUUGAAGGGCCUUAUUAGGCUCUCGGAAGAAAUGCAGCAAAUAAAUGGACAGUUACAAAGGAUGUGAUGAGUGCUUCAGUAAGGAUUAUCUGUGAACUCACAGAAGGAAGACUUACCCCGGCAUGGGCAACCCCGUAAGGGAUGUCUGAGCUGAGGCCUCCCUGUGGGAGGGGGUAAGAGAAGUCAAAGCAGAGGUACCCCAUGUGCAAAGCCCCUGCCCUCUCAGAAGGUGUUCCCCAAAAUGUACGAUACUAGGUGGGUCUGGAGUGGAGGAUGCGGGUGAGUGAAGUGUAAGACAUGAGGUUGGAAGGAUGAUAGAUCUUAUCCAGCCUGGUAAGUCAGUAAGAAGUUUGGAUAUUCUUUUGAGGAUGGUGAGGUAUCCAAGAGAGUGACACGAGUCGGGUGUUUUAGAGGGAUUCGUCUGUCCCACAGCACACGCUCAAAAAUCAUUUGUGCAAUGACAGGCAGCUGUAUUUUCUUCUUCCAUGCUUUCAGACAUGCGUGUGGUCCACAGAAGAGGCCAGCCCUGCAUGUGUGAUGCACAGGGAGACGUGUGGGGCUGGCUGGCCCCCAGGAGUGCCUUUUCCUCUGCAGACACCAGCCUCCCUGCCCAGUAUUUCUGGGAAUUACACGAACUCCAGUCCAACCACAGUCCCUCAUGAUGGUUUAACCAACAGGAAAUCUCCAUCACUUAGCAAAUCAGAAGAGCAAAUAAAACUCACCCCGUUUCCCUCUGGAACAACGUAGAACCAAUUGCAUUUUGAAGACAGAGAAGCUGCUAAACUUGCAGGAAGAGUUGUUAGCAAAUGCCAACUCGUGCGGUUUCUGUGUCAGAGUAGGAGAUUCAAACACAAAACCAAAAAGAGUAUCUAGAAGGUAGGAUGGAAACACACCUAGAUAGGGGCAGCGAUAAGAAGUCUCCUGCACUUCAGAGGCUUCUGAAUAUGAAGUGCUUUGAUUGGCAGGAAAACAAAUGGGGAAGAAAAGGCAAAGUAAUUAACUGAAAGUUUUCGUGUGUAGUUUCAGGUUAGAACAGAGGAUGAGAAACACAUCGUUCCCCACGGUAGAAUUUUAGGGGGGUGGGGAGGAGAAGGACAGAACUCCACCCGAGUGUGGAGUCAACCUGAGGAGCUACAAUGGUAAAGAUGCUUCCGGAAGCAGGUGCACUUCUUGGCUAGUUUUAAUCCUUCAAAAAGCACUGCUUGGUGAGAUAAUUAAUGUUUUGCUUCAGCCGCACCUGAAGGAGCUUUGGCGGAGAGAAGAGGCCAAGAGCUCUGGGCCCAGGGACAGAGCCCCAGCUGUUUCUCCAGUGCCCACCACGUGAGCAGAGCAGCAGACUGCCAGUGGAGAGCAGGGGUGAGGCAAGGAGGGCACAACAAACAGGAAGCCCUUAACCAGAGACACGUCGGGAAAGGAGAGUUAGAGCGAGCAGAACUCACAUCUCAAGACCAGUCUCCCAAACGGUUUCCAGAGAUGGAUUAUCUUGCUUUCUUCUUGGCUAUUGUUCACAUAUACAGAGCUCUAUGUGAAGAGAUGUUCUGGGACACGACUGUUAAACUGGCUGAGAAUAUGAGUCUAGAAUGCGUGUACUCAUCACUGGACACCUUAACCCAGAUGGAGUGGUUCAAGAUCAAUACCACGGACAGAGAGUCCAUAGCCAUAUUCAGCCCCGCCUAUGGUGUGAUUAUAAGGACACCCUAUGCUGAUAGGGUUUACUUCUUAAAUUCUACCAUGGCUCCUAAUGAUAUGACCCUGACCUUCCAUAAUGUCUCUGAGGCUGAUGUUGGCUACUACUCCUGUUUACUUCAUACUUUCCCAUAUGGCCAUUGGGAAAAGGUGAUCCGGGUGGUUGCAUCAGAUGGUUUCGAGAUAGCUGUGCCAUCGGAUGGCCACCUGGUCUCAGAACCUGGAAAAAAUAUCACACUCUCCUGUGAGCUUCCAACAAAGUGGCCGGUACAACAAAUUACCUGGGAAAAGAUCCAGCCCCAUCAGAUUGACCUCUUGACCAGCUGCAACUUGUCCCAAGGGAAAAUCCAUACGUCGAAGUACCAAAGAUGGGUGUCGAGUGACUGUGGUCCGGGAAUGACCCGCACCUUCGUCACCAUGCCCCAGGCCGUGGUCUCUGACUCAGGACUCUACCGCUGUGGUUUCAGCGCCAGAACAGGAGAAAAUGAAACCUUUGUGAGGAGGUUGACUGUAACUGAUGGUAAAAUGGAUAACCAAUAUACCCUCUUUGUGGCCGGAGGAACAGUUUUAUCGUUGCUGUUUGUAAUCCUAAUGACCGCCGUCAUUGUCAUUUCUCAUAGAAGGAGAAGGAGACAGAACAGAGGACUGUUUAAAGAGCACAGAAAUAAGGAUGCACAGAACAAGGCAACCAACAACUACAGAAAUCCCAUCUCUACCAAUCAGUCAUCGGAUUGUGCAAGAGAAGAUAUUUAUGUCAACUACCCAGCCUUCUCUCAUAGACCGAAGACUAGAAUCUAAGCUUUUUCCUGGAUCUGAGCAAAACUUAUGGUGACUGUUACAUACAUGGAUCUUAAUAUAAUUUCUUCCCACUACUCAGUGCCUAUCCAGGAUACCAGUUAGCUACAUUUAUUUAAUGUGAUAGGAAAGAUACUUUAUUACCUAGAGAACAUUCUUAACAGAAAUGUUUCAGAAAACCUGACUCUAAUUAGCUUAGACAUGAAGGGAAACUUACUGAAUCAUGUAAUGGAACCAUCCAGGGGAGAUGAAGCUUCAGGCAAGGGUUAUUCACAAAGGUUUAAAUGUCUUGUCUAGAAUUAAGUAUGGGCAUACACCUGCUUCUGGAUUCCCUUUUGUAGUGUUGGAUCCACUUUAUUGGUGUUAGCCUCUUAUUCAGGCAUUUCCCUUGUGUUUCUAAAAACCUUGGCAAUUCACAAUCCUUGUUUCUGCCUGGUGGAGAGGUUACUUCUCUGAUAGAGCAAACAGAUUUGGUUAUUUGUGCAGCAUUAAACAGGCAGCAUGGCCAAAACAGAUGGAAUCAAGGGUUUAAGUCAAGGGUUCACCUCUAGACCCAGGAGUGAGGCCAAAGCACAUUACUGGGAAAUUCAGAGUAUCAUUAGACGAGGGAGACGGGGCCUGGAAGCUGAACUGGUUACCAACAAAUGUGAACAGCAGUGCCGUUCUGAGACAUCUGUUGUUAACCAACUAAAAAGAGAAUAUGUGGAUGGGUGUGAGCUAGCUCUCCCUCUCCUCACUUUAAAAUCUGCUAUAUCAGCAGAGUUCAGAGGAGUACUUGGUAGCAGAACAAAUGAAUGGUCAAGAGGAAGAUAAAUGUGACAGGGAAAUCUCUUCCCUUUGUAUUAUCAAAUAAAGUAAUCUCUGAUCCUGCAUAGAAUUCUUGCCCCUCUCCCUGGCCUAGCUUUAAGAGCAAGUGUAGCAGAAAGUCCAAUAGUAACUUAAUGUUUUUGAAUUUUUCCACUGUUGAGAAUUAUUUAAAAAAAUUUUUUUUAAAUGUCCACUUAUUUUUGAGAGGUGAGGGGAGAGGCAGAGAGAGGG